AUGAAGAUCUUUGAUGCUGCCAAAGCACCUAUUCAAUGGGAAGAGAGGAAUGUUACAGCUAUCCAAGGACCAGGAGGGAAGUGGAUGAUACCCCCAGAAGCCAAAGAAUCCAUGGAUAAAAACAAAAUGGGAUUAAAAGGGCCUCUGAAGACCCCAAUUGCUGCAGGGCACCCGUCGAUGAAUUUGCUGCUGCGUAAAACCUUUGACCUUUAUGCCAACGUGCGUCCGUGCGUGUCCAUCGAGGGCUACAAAACCCCCUACACAGACGUGAACAUCGUCACCAUCCGUGAGAACACCGAGGGCGAGUACAGCGGCAUCGAGCAUGUGAUUGUUGAUGGGGUUGUGCAAAGCAUCAAGCUGAUCACAGAGGAAGCCAGCAAGCGCAUUGCAGAGUUUGCUUUUGAAUAUGCCAGAAACAAUCAGAGAAGCCACGUGACUGCUGUGCACAAGAUGGUUCAGGAUCCAUCUCAAUUUGAUGUGCUUGUUAUGCCAAACUUGUACGGUGACAUCCUCAGUGACUUGUGUGCUGGACUCAUCGGGGGUCUUGGAGUAACACCCAGUGGAAACAUUGGUGCCAACGGAGUGGCCAUUUUUGAAUCGGUUCAUGGAACAGCACCAGACAUUGCAGGAAAAGACAUGGCAAAUCCAACUGCCCUCCUUCUGAGUGCUGUGAUGAUGCUGCGCCACAUGGGAAUGCACAAACAUGCCACAAAGAUUGAGUCAGCUUGCUUCGAUACAAUUAAAGAUGGAAAGAGGAGAUCUGCCGCCGAGUACGGGACAAAGAUUAAACCUCCUCCUGCUCCUGCUGAUGACUCUGGAAGGACACACCAUGGAGCCCAAUAUAUGUAA